AUGGCCCAAUCAAGCUCAUCAUUCGAACCCGAGGCCCCUGCCACUGUCACGGAACACCCAAGCGCGAAGAGCUCCGCAGUUGAGCUUGAGUACAGUGACAAGACGGCGAUUCAACACUUCGACGUAGCGGCGAAGCCCGACAUUGAGGAGCUCGUCGUCACGGAGAACGAUGUUCCGGAAGAAAUACCGCCUCCUCCGCCUGGCGGGUACAAGUUGUACAAGCGGCGCUGGGCGGGUCUCUUUGCACUUUUCGCGCUGGACGCCGUGGUGUCGAUUGGAACGCAGUGGUUCGGACCCAUUGGAGUGAACGUCUCCGAACAGCUGGGCUAUACUACUCUCCAAGUCAACUGGCUCGGCAACAUCUCGAGCUGCGCGUACCUCGUCGUAGCCUUCUUGAUCCCAAUCAUCUCUCGGCGCUGGGGCAUAAGCUGCACAGCGUACACCGGCGCUCUCCUGCUACUACUUUCGGCUUGGAUCCGCUAUGCGGGUACAGCGCGCUCCCUGUCGCCGGGCGGGUCGUAUGCGCUCGUCCUCAUAGGCCAGUUCCUCGGUGGACUCUCGCAGCCUUUCUUCCAGGUCAUCUCGCCAAAGUACUCUGAGCUUUGGUUCGACGUCGAGACGCGUACGACGGCUACCAUGGUCAUUGCCCUUGCGAACCCUAUCGGGGCUGCGGUCGGUGCGCUCAUCGCGCCAGUUUACACGGAUACUCGGCACGGGAUCUUGAUACUAAGCAUCAUAUCGACAAGUGUUGUACCCCUCGCCCUCCUCAUCUUCGACAAGCCUCCCACUCCACCGACCUUCUCCGGAAGCAAGCCGUCGCCCGGUCUCCGCGAGCUGUUGAAGGCGCUCAUGGGGAGGGAGGUACAGGAGAGCGCGCAUAUGUCCGGUCGAGAGCGAAUCGAUUUUGGGAUUCUCGUUUGGAUCUUUGCGACGCUAUCUGCUGCCACCGAAGGCUUCAGCAGGACUUCGGCUCAUUGGCUCAUACCAUACGGCUACACGGGUAGCCAAGCCGGCCUCUUCACUUCCGUACUCCUACUAGCCGGAAUCGCAGCAGCGCUCAUCACCUCACCGCUUCUCGACCGCGUCCUCACAAACCACAUCGCGGCAACGAUGCGCGUACUGUGUCCCAUCGUCGGAGCGCUAUGGUUGAGCCUCAUUUGGGCGGUGAAGGCUGAUAAUGCACCGGCGUUGUUUGCGAUUUUUGCGCUUAUUGGGGCGUGUGCUGUUUCGCUCAUUCCGAUUGCUGUCGAGCUCGGCGUCGAGCUCACGCGCAACCCGGCCGGCUCAUCCGCGAUACUGCGGUUCGUAGCGAACCUGUUCAGCAUCAUAUUCGUUCAAUCUAUGGGCGCCCUAAUCGCUCCCGUCACCGCGAAACCGCCGAAGAAUAUGCACCAGGCAAUCAUAUUCAAUGGCGCGUGGACGUUCGCUUCGUCGUUUUUGGUGCUGUUUCUUCGUGGAAGGCAGGCGAGGAGGGAGCGAGAUGUUGCAAUGGCUAGGGUUGGGGCGGCUGGCGAGGAUGGUGAGGAUAGCGCUCAGACGGAGAGUUUGUGUACGCACGAUAUGGGAUUGAUUGUGUAUGCCUGCUAG